UCCGGCAGUCUCAGGCUCAGAGCUCAGCCCUACACAUCGCCUCUUGCAUGCAACUCACUGAGAGGGAGAGACAGCGUGUCCUCCCCUCUCGCAGCCGCUGGCAUCUGGAGCCACCAGGGACCUGCUUUUCGCACCUCCAAUACCCCCUCCCUUCUUCCCCGCCACUCCCUCCCAGAGAAAGAGAGAGAAAAAAAGAAAAGGAGAAAGAUUCUGGAAUUUGAACCUUCCCAAAGAGGAAACACCCAGAAAACUCAGUUGAUUAAACAUCAAACAAACAGACAGAUCCCAACUCUUCUGUGCAACUGGAAAGGUCUUUUCUCCGGAGUCCUGGGAGGUGGGUUAUGGGCAGGCCUGCCCCUGGCUGGCACCAUGUCGCCUGAGUCUGCUUGCGCCCUGCGCUGGGCCCGGCUCUUCCUGAGCACUCAGCUUCUCUCUGCUUCCCUUCCUGCGGCCCGCCACUGCUGAGGAGGUAGACCCUCAGGACUGCCCUUGGCAUUUCUACCUUUCGCCCAGCUCACCUUGCUGCCUGCUCCUCCUCCAUCACGGCACCGCUGACCUCAGCCCUGUCCCCGGCCUCCCUGGCUGGGGCUUUCGGGGGUCCAUUGGGAGGAUCUCGUUGCUGAAGGCUUCCUCCUGCACCGCGCCUUCUCCUCCUCAAAUCAAGGCCUCCGGAUCCACAUGGAUAGCUGAGAUCUUGUCUUGGAGAAAGACACUCGUCCUCACCUUCCCACCCAGUGCCAUUCUCUCCUGUCUAUUUUCCUGCCUCUUUACUGGAUUUCUUGCUCGUGCCCAUCUGGGACCGUCUUGUUCUCUUUCCUCCUGCUUCUCCCUCUUGAUAUUUGUGUGUGUGCCUCCUUCCUCCUGUGUGUUCUCUCUUCCCACUCCUCUGUCUUGUCUGCCUCUCUCCCUUCCACCACCAAAGGGAGAUCCUUCCCCUGUUCCUGGCCUGUGCUCCUCAGGGAUCUGUGCCCACAGCCAGGAUGAGCUUCACCCUCCACUCAGUUUUCUUCACCCUCAAGGCCAGCAUCCUGCUGGGGUCCCUGCUGGGGCUCUGCUUGGGCCUGGAGUUCAUGGGCCUCCCCAACCAGUGGGCCCGCUACCUCCGCUGGGACGCCAGCACGCGCAGUGAUCUGAGCUUCCAGUUCAAGACCAACGUCUCCACGGGGCUGCUCCUCUACCUGGACGAUGGUGGCGUCUGUGACUUCCUCUGCCUCUCCCUGGUGGAUGGCCGCGUUCAGCUCCGCUUUAGCAUGGACUGCGCUGAGACUGCCGUGCUGUCCAACAAGCAGGUGAACGACAGCAGCUGGCACUUCCUCAUGGUGAGCCGCGAUCGCCUGCGCACCGUGCUGGUGCUGGAUGGCGAGGGCCAGUCUGGGGAGCUACAGCCCCAGCGGCCGUACAUGGAUGUGGUCAGUGACUUGUUCCUUGGUGGAGUCCCCGCUGACAUUCGGCCUUCUGCCCUGACCCUUGAUGGAGUACAGGCCAUGCCCGGCUUCAAGGGAUUAAUCAUGGAUCUCAAAUAUGGCAACUCGGAGCCUCGGCUUCUGGGGAGCCAGGGUGUCCAGAUGGAAGCCGAGGGACCCUGUGGUGAGCGUCCCUGUGAAAAUGGAGGGAUCUGCUUCCUCCUGGACGGCCACCCCACCUGUGACUGUUCUACCACUGGCUAUGGUGGCACGCUGUGCUCAGAAGAUGUCAGUCAAGGUCCAGGCCUCUCCCACCUCAUGAUGAGUGAACAAGCCCGAGAGGAGAAUGUGGCCACUUUCCGAGGCUCAGAAUACCUGUGCUACGACCUGUCUCAGAACCCGAUCCAGAGCAGCAGUGAUGAAAUCACCCUCUCCUUCAAGACCUGGCAGCGCAACGGGCUCAUCCUACACACGGGCAAGUCGGCUGACUAUGUCAACCUGGCUCUGAAGGAUGGUGCGGUCUCCUUGGUCAUUAACCUGGGGUCCGGGGCCUUUGAGGCCAUUGUGGAGCCAGUGAAUGGGAAGUUCAACGACAACGCCUGGCAUGAUGUCAAAGUGACACGCAACCUCCGGCAGCACUCAGGCAUCGGACACGCUAUGGUGACAAUCUCUGUGGAUGGCAUUCUUACCACGACGGGCUAUACGCAGGAAGACUACACUAUGCUGGGCUCAGAUGAUUUCUUCUACGUGGGAGGAAGCCCAAGUACAGCUGACUUGCCAGGCUCACCUGUGAGCAACAACUUCAUGGGCUGCCUUAAGGAGGUUGUUUAUAAGAAUAAUGACAUCCGUCUGGAGCUGUCUCGUCUGGCACGGAUUGGGGACACAAAAAUGAAAAUCUAUGGUGAAGUUGUGUUCAAGUGUGAGAAUGUGGCCACACUGGACCCCAUCAACUUUGAGACCCCAGAGGCUUACAUCAGCUUGCCCAAGUGGAACACCAAACGAAUGGGCUCUAUCUCCUUUGACUUCCGCACCACUGAGCCCAAUGGCCUGAUCCUCUUCACUCAUGGGAAGCCCCAAGAGAGGAAGGAUGCUCGGAGCCAAAAGAACACAAAAGUUGACUUCUUUGCUGUGGAACUUCUCGAUGGCAACCUGUACUUGCUGCUCGAUAUGGGCUCAGGCACCAUCAAAGUGAAAGCCACCCAGAAGAAAGCCAAUGACGGGGAAUGGUACCAUGUGGAUAUUCAGCGCGAUGGCAGAUCAGGUACCAUAUCAGUGAACAGCAGGCGCACGCCAUUCACCGCCAGUGGGGAGAGCGAGAUCCUGGACCUGGAGGGAGACAUGUACCUGGGCGGGCUGCCGGAGAACCGUGCUGGCCUCAUCCUCCCCACGGAGCUCUGGACCGCCAUGCUCAACUACGGCUACGUGGGCUGCAUCCGCGACCUGUUCAUCGACGGGCGCAGCAAGAACAUCCGGCAGCUGGCGGAGAUGCAGAACGCCGCGGGCGUCAAGUCCUCCUGUUCACGGAUGAGCGCCAAGCAGUGUGACAGCUACCCCUGCAAGAACAACGCUGUGUGCAAGGACGGCUGGAACCGCUUCAUCUGCGACUGCACGGGCACUGGUUACUGGGGAAGAACCUGCGAAAGGGAGGCGUCCAUCCUGAGCUACGACGGCAGCAUGUACAUGAAGAUCAUCAUGCCCAUGGUCAUGCACACUGAGGCUGAGGAUGUGUCCUUCCGCUUCAUGUCCCAGCGAGCCUACGGGCUCCUGGUGGCUACUACCUCCAGGGACUCUGCUGACACGCUGCGCCUGGAGCUCGAUGGGGGUCGCGUCAAGCUCAUGGUUAACUUAGACUGUAUCAGGAUAAACUGUAACUCCAGCAAAGGACCUGAGACCCUGUAUGCAGGGCAGAAGCUCAAUGACAACGAGUGGCACACCGUUCGGGUGGUGCGGAGAGGAAAAAGCCUAAAGUUAACCGUGGACGAUGAUGUGGCUGAGGGUACAAUGGUGGGAGACCACACUCGCUUGGAGUUCCAUAAUAUUGAAACUGGUAUCAUGACAGAGAAACGAUACAUCUCCAUCGUUCCCUCUAGUUUCAUUGGGCACCUGCAGAGCCUCAUGUUUAAUGGCUUGCUCUACAUUGACUUGUGCAAAAAUGGUGACAUUGAUUACUGUGAGCUGAAGGCUCGUUUUGGACUGAGGAACAUCAUCGCUGACCCCGUCACCUUUAAGACCAAGAGCAGCUACCUGAGCCUUGCCACCCUCCAGGCCUACACCUCCAUGCACCUCUUCUUCCAGUUCAAGACCACCUCGGCUGAUGGCUUCAUUCUCUUCAACAGCGGUGAUGGCAAUGACUUCAUUGCAGUUGAGCUAGUCAAGGGGUACAUACACUACGUUUUUGAUCUCGGAAAUGGCCCCAAUGUGAUCAAAGGUAAUAGUGAUCGCCCCCUGAAUGACAACCAGUGGCACAACGUCGUCAUCACUCGGGACAACAGUAACACUCACAGCCUGAAGGUGGACACCAAGGUGGUCACACAAGUUAUCAAUGGUGCCAAAAAUCUGGAUUUGAAAGGCGACCUCUACAUGGCUGGCCUGGCCCAAGGCAUGUACAGCAACCUCCCGAAGCUUGUGGCCUCUCGGGAUGGCUUCCAGGGCUGUCUGGCAUCUGUGGACUUGAACGGGCGGCUGCCGGAUCUCAUCAAUGAUGCCCUCCACAGGAGCGGGCAGAUCGAGCGUGGCUGUGAAGGACCCAGUACCACCUGCCAGGAAGAUUCCUGUGCCAACCAGGGGGUUUGCAUGCAGCAGUGGGAAGGCUUCACCUGCGACUGCUCCAUGACGUCCUAUUCUGGAAACCAGUGCAAUGAUCCUGGUGCUACCUACAUCUUUGGGAAAAGUGGUGGCCUCAUCCUCUACACCUGGCCGGCCAAUGACAGGCCCAGCACGCGCUCUGACCGCCUGGCAGUGGGCUUCAGCACCACGGUGAAGGAUGGCAUCUUAGUACGCAUCGACAGCGCUCCAGGUCUUGGAGACUUCCUGCAGCUUCACAUAGAACAGGGAAAAAUUGGUGUUGUUUUCAAUAUUGGCACCGUUGACAUCUCCAUCAAAGAGGAGAGGACCCCGGUCAAUGAUGGCAAAUACCACGUGGUGCGCUUCACCAGGAAUGGAGGCAAUGCCACCCUCCAGGUGGACAACUGGCCAGUGAAUGAACACUAUCCUACAGGCAACACUGAUAAUGAACGCUUCCAAAUGGUAAAACAGAAAAUCCCCUUCAAAUAUAACCGACCCGUAGAAGAGUGGCUGCAGGAAAAAGGCCGGCAGUUAACCAUCUUCAACACCCAGGCGCAAAUAGCCAUUGGCGGAAAGGAUAAAGGACGCCUCUUCCAAGGUCAACUCUCUGGGCUCUAUUAUGAUGGUUUGAAAGUACUGAAUAUGGCAGCUGAGAACAACCCUAAUAUUAAAAUCAAUGGAAGUGUCCGACUGGUGGGAGAGGUCCCAUCCAUCUUGGGAACAACACAGACGACCUCCAUGCCACCGGAAAUGUCUACCACAGUCAUGGAAACCACCACCACAAUGGCUACUACCACAACCCGCAAGAAUCGCUCCACAGCCAGCAUUCAGCCAACCUCAGAUGAUCUUGUUUCAUCUGCUGAAUGUUCAAGUGAUGAUGAAGACUUCGUUGAAUGUGAGCCGAGUACAGGAGGUGAAUUAGUUAUCCCUCUUCUUGUAGAAGACCCUUUAGCUACCCCUCCUAUUGCUACUCGUGUACCUUCCAUUACACUCCCCCCUACCUUCCGCCCCCUCCUCACCAUUAUUGAGACCACCAAAGAUUCCCUGUCCAUGACCUCUGAGGCGGGGUUACCUUGCUUGUCGGACCAAGGCAGCGAUGGUUGUGAUGAUGAUGGCUUGGUGAUAUCUGGGUAUGGCUCAGGGGAAACCUUUGACUCUAACCUGCCCCCUACUGAUGAUGAAGAUUUUUACACCACCUUCUCCUUGGUAACAGAUAAGAGUCUUUCCACUUCAAUCUUCGAAGGUGGCUACAAAGCACAUGCGCCCAAGUGGGAAUCCAAGGACUUUAGACCUAACAAAGUCUCCGAAACUAGUAGGACUACUACCACAUCUUUGUCCCCUGAGCUGAUCCGCUUCACAGCUUCCUCCUCGUCUGGGAUGGUGCCCAAAUUGCCAGCUGGCAAAAUGAAUAACCGUGAUCUCAAACCCCAGCCUGAUAUAGUCUUGCUUCCGUUGCCCACUGCCUAUGAGCUAGACAGCACCAAACUGAAGAGCCCACUAAUUACUUCCCCCAUGUUCCGUAAUGUGCCCACAGCAAACCCCACGGAGCCGGGAAUCAGACGGGUUCCGGGGGCCUCAGAGGUGAUCCGGGAGUCGAGCAGUACAACAGGGAUGGUCGUCGGCAUUGUGGCUGCUGCCGCCCUCUGCAUCUUGAUCCUCCUGUACGCCAUGUACAAGUACAGGAACAGGGACGAGGGGUCCUAUCAAGUGGACGAGACGCGGAACUACAUCAGCAACUCGGCCCAGAGCAACGGCACGCUCAUGAAGGAGAAGCAACUGAGCUCUAAGAGCGGCCACAAGAAACAGAAGAACAAGGACAAAGAGUAUUACGUGUAAACACGAUGACACCGGUGAGACAUGGAUUUCCAACCGAUUUCUUUACACAUCCACAUAGGAAUACUUUGACAGUGAGACGUGACAGGUGUCAGAACUGUUCUGAGACGGGGUAUUCCAUGACCAUGGUGGGGAAAACCAUUUUUAAAGGACACACACCGAGAGGGAUCUAUCGACCGAGUUCCCCCGAGGCUGCGAGGGUCAGCCCCGGCUGGGAGACGGGAGGUUCUCUCCGCCCUGCUGUAUCAUAAAGCACACGCCCAGAGCCCUGCGCGCUCCGGGGGGCUCCACCACGGCCGCGGACUCGCAAGCUCCCUUCUCUCCAGGACCUUUUAUGAGAGGUACAAGACUUCAUGGCUUACUUGUUCCAUAACUCCAAGUGAGUCUGUAAUGAUGUUUGUGAAGCUUGACUGUAACAAUGUUUUUUUUUUUUCAGUUUAAUUAUGUAAAAAUCAAAAACAUUUAAAAAAAAAAAAAAGAAAAGGGAAAAAAAAGUUAAAAAAAAAAAAAAACUCAAAACAAAAAAGAAAUCACCCUUAUCUGGUUCUGGCCAGUGUGUGUGUAACUUUUCAAGAUCUGAGGGGAUAAAUGGCUUUUGGGUUUCUGUUUAUUUUUUGAGAAUGACUGGACAUAAGAAGAGGGAAAAAAAAAAAAAAAACUCAGAAAACAAAAA